UUUAACUCAGAGCUGGAGCAAAUCCACACUGACUCACACGUACACUGCUGUCAAAAACAAAAAAAAUAGUAAAAGCAGAAAUCAAAUAAAAAUAGGCACCUCAGAGCAAAUGCUGCUGGCGCAGCUAUUCAUACUAACAAAAAAAUAAAUAAAUAUUAAAUGAAUAAUUCACAAGGAACUAGUUAAGAACCAAAAACGCCAAGAUGAGUAUGACAGAGAUGAUGCGGGGCAAAUCGAUGCCGGCGGAUAAGAAGAAUGACAUUAAAUUGGCCCAGCACGACUUUGCCAACGUGCGAAUGGUGCAAAUUGGCUGUGUGUUGGAUGUCCUGGCCGAGGCAAUUGAACGGGUUAAGAUCUCGCUAAUCCUGCCCAAAUUGCUGGAACAUCCCACGCACAUGGCACAAGUUCUGAAUGGCACCAAAUUCGAGAAAGCCGUUCACCUGGUGGAGUCCUUUGUCCGUCGAAGGGAGUUCAUCUUGCGGGAGAAGCGACCGCCGUUGAUGGACCACGGGAUCAUCCAGAUCAUCGACUUCUUCCAGCGGAACAACAAGAUGUACCAUCUGUUCCCAAGCUACUACAACCACAUGAGCGACAACGAGAAGAAGCUGCUGACUGCCUUCCAGAUGCUCUUCGACCUGGCCAAGGACCGCUUGUACAGGACAUCCACCGAUGCCAUCGCCCAGGAGCGGCAGCUGCAUGCCAUGUACAAGCGAAACGAGGUGGUCAAGGAGCAGGUGGAGGUGAUGCGCCAGAAGAUCGAGGAGCAGAAGGUGGCCAUCAGGACUCGAAUGGCCGCCAAAGAGGCCUACCUGCAGAACUACGAGGACCUCCUCCUGAAAAAGAAGCGGGAGAAAAACGAGCGAAUCCAGACGGAAAUCGAUCGAUGCACUCGCUUGGUCCGCGCUAACAAAAAGUCAAGUAUGGAGCGUCAGGCCGAUUUGGAAGAACAGCUGCAAAAGACACGUACUAACUACGAGACAUCAACAAAAACCUACUUAAAACAGGAGAAGGUGUUUCGCGAGGAAAAAAAUAAGCUGAUCCUGCAGUUACAAGCCAUCAUCAAGAAGUACGACCAUAGCAUUGGUGAGAAGAUGAUCGAGAACAUGCAGCUGACCGACGAGCACAAAAAGGCCAAGAAGGCCCUCGACGAAUACAUGGUGGGGUUCCGGAAGGUCGAGCGGGUCUAUAAGCAGAUCGUGGUAAAACGGGAGGAAGAGGAGGCCAGACGCCGGCAGCACCGCAUCCUCGUAUUCGCCAUGAACCGCGCAGCCACCAAGAUCCAGAAAUACUGGAGGAAGUGGAAGAAGCACAUGCGCAGGAAGAACAGGCGAAACAAGAAGGGAUAGUCCGUGUAACACCUACAAAAACUAUCUAAAUUGUCAGUAAACUCUUAUAGUACUAA